GACAGGGUCGUCAAAAAUACCCAUGUCCUUAACACGCUGGUAAUCCAAAUCUGCUGUAUGUCACAUUGAAGCCGAGCGGUGAUGUUACACUGUGGUCCUUCUCAUUUAAAACAAUGGCAGCAGUUGCUGGAGUGAGAACCCUCCUCGGCCUCCAUCGAUCAGGGACAUUUCAGCGCAGCUUUGGGCUCGUUCCUGUACAGUUAGCAUUAGCCUGCCUACCCAGGAGGCUUUCCAUUGCUUCUGCAAGUGAUAAUGAGCCAAAAUCACCACCAAACCCAGAGAAUGAAUCUCUGCUUAAGAACUUGAAUCUCAUGGGAGUUGACGUGAAGAUGGUGCGCCAGCGUCAACCCGGCGUGCUUCGUAAACCCAUCACCAAUGAGCGAGACGUUGCUCAGUUCCUACUAGGAAAAGGUGCUACAAACAAAGAAAUUGCAAGCAUAAUAACCCGUUAUCCCCGUGCUAUAAUCCGUUCCCACGUGCAAUUGGAGCAACGCUGGACGCUGUGGAGAAAAAUCUUCAAGACAGAUGCAGAAAUUGUGAGCAUCCUGGCUCGCUCGCCUGAGUCUUUCUUCCGGACCAGUGAUAAUGAGAACCUGGAAAAGAACAUAGAUUUUCUGAUCUCGCUGGGACUGGAUGUCAAAGACCUUCAUCGGCUGCUGACCGCAGCCCCGCGAACAUUCUCCAACAGUGUAGCGCUCAACAGGCAAAUGCUGGAAUUUUUGGAAGACAUCUGUGUAGAGUUUGGUGGAACAAACCCAGAGGAGUUUGCAAAGAGCAUCAUAUUGAAAAACCUCUACAUUCUCAUCAGAAGCACCAAGAGAGUCAGGGCAAACAUCGAUUACUUGAAAGCCUCUUUGAAGCUGAAUGAUGCAGAAAUGCUGGAUCUUCUACAAGGCAAUGGGUCAGAAAUUCUGGACCUUGCCACUGACUAUAUAAAAAAAAACUUUAACAGCCUUCAGCAGAAGAUGGUUUCACACGGCUGUCAUAAAAAUGCCAUAAUAAAAGUGGUCAUCAGCUAUCCAAUGAUUCUCUACAUUGGAUCAGAAACACUGAAAACUAAAAUUGAUUGCCUUCUAAAAGGAAGAAUAACAAUGCAGCAGAUACUGGAGAAGCCAAGGGUUUUAGACUACAGCACACUGAACAUUACAGGGCGACUAGAGAUUCUGCAUAAAAUGGGAUAUGACUUCCAGAAGAAUGGCAUCAACAUCCUGGACUGUAGUAAAAAACGGUUUGAUUUGAAGAUUGAAAAACUUGGUGCCAAAUAGCAGAGCUAAACAUACAGCAGCUCCAUAUAAUGUUACAUGCAGUAAUGGUGAAUGCUUAAUUUCCUUGAUCUUCAGAAUAAACAGAUUUCAUGUUUUAAGAAACCAUGUAAUGAAAACCAGUAGCAUUUCAAUAGAACUAGUAGGUGAGUAUCUUUUGGUCUUGGAAAUGGUUAAGUCUUCAUUUUGCUGAUUUUGUCCAGAAUCCCCAAAUAUUUGGUCAGGUAUCUUGUGAAGGUUUUGUAUUUUUUGCUUCAAAAAUGCUUUAAUCAACACUGCUGCUGUUUCAGUUUCAUCAUUUGACAUCAAAUAUCUAUUUGUUUUAAGAAGAAAACUAUUUUUUUUUAUCCUGCAACGACCCAUAAAAUGCACACUCUUAAAUUUCACAUACAUGUGUGUACUAAGUAUGUCAGUAAAAUGGAGCAUUUCAUGUGAAGACUGAAAUAAAAAAGUGACAAAAAGGCA